AUGUUCCGGAGCUUGCUGGUGGCGGCGGCGCAGCGGCCCCAGGCCCCGGGCGGGCCCCCCCGGCCGCCCCCCUCCGCCGGCCCCGCUGCCGAGGCGCUGGAGGCGCAGUUCAGCUGCCCCAUCUGCCUGGAGGUCUUCCACCGCGCCGUCGGUAUCGCGGGCUGCGGACACACGUUUUGCGGGGAGUGCCUGCAGCCCUGCCUGCAAGUGCCGUCCCCGCUCUGCCCGCUCUGCCGCAUGCCCUUCGACCCCAAGAAGGUGGAGAAGGCUUCCAGCGUGGAGAAACAGCUUUCGUCCUACAAGGCUCCCUGCAGAGGCUGCAGCAAGAAGGUGACCCUCGCGAAAAUGCGCUCUCACGUCUCGUCCUGCGCGAAGGUGCAGGAGCAGAUGGCCAACUGCCCCAAGUUCGUUCCAGUUGUCCCCACGUCCCAGCCUAUCCCCAGCAAUAUUCCCAAUCGUUCGACGUUCGUGUGCCCGUACUGCGGGGCCCGGAACCUGGACCAGCAGGAGCUGGUGAAGCACUGUAUGGAGAACCACCGCAAUGACCCCAACAAAGUGGUGUGCCCAGUCUGCUCAGCCAUGCCCUGGGGGGACCCCAGCUACAAAAGCGCCAACUUCCUCCAGCACCUCCUGCACAGGCACAAGUUCUCCUACGACACCUUCGUGGACUAUAACAUCGACGAGGAGGCGGCGUUACAGGCUGCCCUGGCACUGUCGCUCUCCGAGAACUGAGGGUGACUGCAGAGCAUCGGUUCGGAACCCCCUCACCACCCCGUCUCCUUUUGCACACUCGGCCUUCCUGCCGGGGAGGCACGGAGCUCAUCAACCCCCCGGCACCCCCGGAGACCUGCUGCCGCCUCUCUUCCCUCUCCUCUCUGGACAAAUCCCACCUUGUUUAAGAAGGUGAAGUCUCUUUAUCGUCGCGCUGGACUGGUGAGUGAGCAGAGACGUCCGCUGCUGGGAGGAGAGAGGAGUCGGCGCCGAAGGGCUGGGAUCGUUCCUCGGUUAGGCAUUUCAUAUCCGUGUAAGGAGUAUAUACCUUUAUCCAGAUCUAUUUAUUAUUAGAUGCUUUUUGGCACCACUUGUCUUCAUGCUCUCUGUGGCAAUUGAAUAGGUACGUAAAACUAUGAUGCAUUUUAUGCAGAGAUGCCCUAGUUUGAAACUGCGAUCAUCCACGUCCUUUUUGAAAAGGAAGAAAACGGCA